GGUCAAACACAGAAUUAGUAUGGUGUUCCUAAUAAUCCUUUAGAUGAGUGUAUUUUUGCCAUCAAUCUCCAUACAAUACCCCAUAGUGACAAAGCAAACAGACAUGUAUAAGUGUUCUGUCCUUUAUUCAUUACUUCGUAGAAGCAGCUAUGUCAGGGAUCAUAGCGUUCAGUUUUUUUGUUAUGCUUCUACCAGCUUUGCACUCCUGGAUUUGGGCAUUUUCUCACAUUCUUCCUUGUAGAUCCUCUCAACAGAAAUGUCCCAAAGGAUUCCGGUCUUGGCUGUGUGAUGUGCGUCUGGCUCAGGAGUACCUUUCAUCUCGCCGCUCAGCCUUGAAGCCCUGGUUGAAGUGCUGCAGAGAUGCCCGUCCUUGUGGCAGGUCCCCCCUUUCUCUGCAGAGAAACUCUGUUUAAAUGGCCAUUGGGUUCUUCGUUGCCUCCCUGACUGUGGUCUUUGCCGAGUUGCUUAGUUUGGCCAGACGGCUCAAGGUCUUUGUGGCUCCAAUAGUCCUCCAUUACACAUUGAUGGCACCCACUGUGUUCCAGUGCCUUAAGACAUUUUGUUUAUAAACCCUCCCCCGAUCUGUGCCUCAAUAUGCCAGAGGUCUACAGAUGGUUCCCUGGACUUCAUGGCUUUGGUUUUGCUCCUUUUUGACCUUAUAUAGACAGGUGUGUCUUUGUGAGUCCAGUUCUAGGGUCCAACCAGGUCAGACAUAUCAGGGAUGGUUUAAGGGCACAGGGUUCAUCUGAGUUCAAUUUGGGGUGUUUUGGCGAAUGGUCUGAAGAGAUGAGAUACAGACAGGAGACAAAUUAGAAGACAGACCUUUGUAAUGGGGGGUUUAUGCCCUGCCAUAGAGCAUGAUAGGAUGUUAAUUGCUUAAUUGUAUCAUUCAGUACACCUGUAUGGAAGCAUUUGUUUUUUUAUGUUCUUCCACUCAUUUAUUCUGCUUUUUCCUUUAAUUUUUCACCUGUCUGUAUUUCAAUGUUCUAUUAUCAAUGAAUUGGCACAAACAAAAAAUAAAUAAAAAUAAUAUAUAUAUAUAUUUUAAUGUAGAUUGAUGGCAAAAAAGUAAAUGUAACCACUUAUAAAUACAGAGAGUGAAGGGGUCUGAAUACUUUUGCAUUAUUUCAAGGUAGCUGUGAGGUGUACAGUAUGUGCUCGACCCUGUUACACUCACGCCUUCAAAAGGUGCUACAACUGAAAGCUACAACUGCCAUUGAGCUGACCAAUACUUAUGAUCUGCUUCACUUGGUGAAACAAACCGACACCCUCUGCUUCAUAUACACUGCAAACACAAACUUUUGAUUCAUAAAUAGGUUUUGUUAACAAUGUUUUUAGAAAAAAAAUGCCAGCUUGUUUUAUUUUUAUUUAAAAUAUUUUUUUGCAUUUGCUUAUGUGCACAAUUGCACAUUUAUUAAAAUGUUGUAACAUAAGGAAGACGCGAACAUAUGCAUUAGGUGGGUACGUUUACCGCGUGGCCAAGAGCACUGUGUUUUACUUACUACGUUCUGAGGGCAGAAAGAAAUGUGAUUGGUACAAGCGAACAUCCAAUCGGAAUGAACAGGAGGCGGUGUUCAUAAACACUUAAAAUUACAUCAAGAAGAGCGCAAUUCUGCUAACGUCCGUGAAAGAGUAAGUUUACCUGUUAUGUUAUAAUGAACUACGUGUUAAAUUACUUGAUUAUGCUAACAUUCAGUGGGGAAUUUUUAAUCUAGAUAACAUUCACUUGCACUUCUGAUCCAGCUUGUAAUGUUCAAGAGCACAGCGUCCUAUCCAUUUCGAUUGUUCGCAUGAACCAAUCAGUUUCUGACAUCAGUCCAUGUUUAAGGAAAACGAGACCAAGUUAGAGUGGAAGUCCCGGUUACGUCACUGAAGUUUGGUGGUGGCUGCGAGAACAAGUGCGGGGAAACGGGCAAGAUCCUUGGACUAAAGGAAUGUCAAUAGGGAUUGCCUGCAUUUAUAUAGAAUACCUUUGUCUAAGCCACCCGUUGAAGCUCAGACAGUUUAGCUUACAUAACUCCGUAUGUAUGUAAGCAUUUAAUGAUUUAAUGAUAUAUUGGGUCAUAUUUGUGAAAUGACAUUUACUUUACAAUAUAAUUUCUUCCACCAGUUAGACUCCGCCCACAAAAUACGUAAUUCUUUACUAACAAAAAUGGUAUGUACUUGCAGCGCCGACUUUUAUUGUGAAGGUGGAGUUAUUACAUCCACGACUGACGUCAUCGUCGGUGGCGCUUGCUGAACACUAGUUGGAGAGUAGCGACAUUGGUAAAGAGAACAGGUACAAGAGUUGUGCUAUUCUAAAACUUCAUGCUGUCCUGCCAUUGACUGCAUAGUCGUCGUUUCUACACCAGCAGGCCAACAUGACUGGAGAGAAGGAGACGUUGAUGGAGGAAAUAGAAGACAGUUUACACCCUCUAACUGAGGACAGUUUAAUUUCCCUGUGUGAACGCUGUGGAAUAAAUGUCCCAGAAAUGAAAAAAAAGAACCAUCGCUCAUUGAGGCGUAAAAUCAUGGAGGAAAUGUGGGGAAAUGCAGAUUCGGGAAAAUCGGAGGAGCAGGGAAUGUCUUGGUUACUCCGACUGAAAGAGGACAUCAGGAAGACACAGGAAGAAUCUAGUGUGGCACCAAUGAGUGCCGACAAGUUGGAUGAUGAAGUUUGUAAGAAAAAUGGGGACAGCCCUAACAGUCGCUCGCUCAGUGAUGGUGGCGUAUCAUCGGACAAGUCUCCACAAUCAAAAGUGUUCCAGCGACUUUAUACCUGUACGGUAUGUGAGAAGAGUUUCACUCAGUCUGGAAACCUAAAAAGACACCAACGAACACACACAAGAGAGAAACCUCAUGUCUGUGAUAAGUGUGGGAAGAGUUUUGCUCGAGCCGAUUACCUGACUGAGCACAAGCUAACGCACACAGGAGAGAAACCCCAUAACUGUGAUAUAUGUGGGAAGGGCUUUAAUCGGCCCAACUGCUUGGCCGAACACAAGCUAACACACAAUGGAGAUAUUCUUCACAGACACAUCUGCUCAGACUGUAGCAAGAGCUUCCUUACACCAGCACAGUUAAAAGUCCACCAGAGAACCCACAGAGGGGAGAAUCCUUACAGGUGUGAUCUCUGCGCGAAGAUCUUUGCUAAUUCAACGUGCCUUAAUAACCACAGGCGUACGCACACUGGAGAGAAACCUUACAGCUGUGAUCAAUGUGGGAAGAGUUUUGCUCGAGCCGAUUACCUGACUGAACACAUGCAUGUACACAGUGGAGAAAAGCCGCAUGUGUGUGAUACCUGUGGAAAGGCCUUUAUUCGUCCAAGAUACUUGGCAGCACACAAGCUUACACACACCGGAGAGACAUCCUACAUCUGUACAGACUGUGGGAAGAGCUUCUACACACCAGCAAAGUUGAAAGAGCACGAACGAACACACAGCGGAGAGAACCCUUACAAGUGUGAUCUGUGUGAAAAGACUUUUGCUUCUUCUGGAGCGCUGACACGACACAAGCGUAUACACACUGGAGAGAAACCAUACAGGUGUGGCCUGUGUGAAAAGAGCUUUGCUCUUUCGGGAGCUCUUAUUCAACACAAGCGUAUUCACACAGGAGAGAAACCUUAUAAGUGUGGCCUGUGUGGGGAAUGCUUUGCUCGUUUAGGAGCCCUGACUAUACAUAAGCGUAUUCACACUGGGGAGAAACCUUACAGCUGUGAUAAAUGUGAGAGAAGCUGCAGAACUAUCACAGCCUUGAAUGAACACAUGCGUACACACACAGGUGAGAAACCUUUUGUCUGCCACGUGUGUGGGAUUAGUUUGACUAGACAAAGUAGCCUAAAUGUUCACAUGCGCAGACACACAGGAGAGAAACCUUAUGGCUGUGAUCAAUGUGAGAAAAGGUACGCUCAUCGAGGCGAUUUGAAAAUCCACAGACGCAUACACACAGGAGAGAAACCCUUCAGCUGUGCGCAGUGUGGGAGAAGCUUUCCUCGGUCAACUGAACUGAAUAUUCACAGACAGGUUCACACUGGAGAGAAAUCCUCUUCCAGUGAUCUAUGCGGAAUGCCUCAGGUAACACACAAGAGGUGGAAACGUACUCGAGAUAAGCCUCUUACAUGUGAUACUUGUGGGAAGAGAUUUGCUCAAUCGAGAACCCUUAAAAGUCACCAGAGGACCCACAUUCAAAGUGAACGGACCGAAGCAAGCGGAGAGACAACCAAGGCAUUUGAGUAGGAUAUCAAACGGACGGAGAAGUGAAUCACCUCACACCUCCAUCUUCUCAGGCAUGACUUCCUCGGGACCCCCUGGAAGACUCAGACGUGUCACAGUGAAACGCGAGCGUCUCCAGAGGACCGGUGGGAUAUAUGCAGGUUAAACUUAAGCCGUAGGUUUUAAAUAGCUGGUUUGUUCAAUCUCUUAAGGGGUCCCGGGUCCUGUACGGAAAAUGUUUCAUGUGUUGACGAGAAGCCACAUUCUGGUUCAAAAGAAGGACGUUCUUUUGUAAUCCAGGUAAAUCAAAUGUUGAAGCAUUGUGGCUAUAAAUACAUUGCCAUUAUCUCCACUACACACAAAUCCCUGAUUGUUUUAAAACGAUUAUAUAAUUUGUACAAACCUGUUUCCAAAAGAGUUGGGCUGUGUAAAAUGCAAAUAAAAAC